UUGGCCAAUCAAGAAAUGAGUUGGCGCUAGUGAUGCGUGACUGAUAGGUUUCUUGUUAGGAACAGAAGAUGAUGGCUGGAAGAAGGUUUUCUUGGUUGGUAGUAGUAAAACAAGGUUUCCGCAAGCUUAAGUCCAAAGCAGAUAAAAGUGGAUACUUUUUUUUUCUAAAUGUCUUCAUGUAGAAAACAAGCUGGAGUGCCAGGAUAAAAGCAACCAAUUUGUAUAGGGGCCAGUAAAAAUUGACUUUGGGCAAGUAGAAUUUUUUUCUUUUCUUUUUUUAAAAACCGUAUCAUUAAACCCUGGCCAGUGUACAGCACUGUCUUUAAGCACUGUAUAACUGGCCUUGUCCACUUAGGAAAGAAGUAGAAAACCUACUCGUACAAUGUAUACAUAUGACUGCACAAAAUGUACGGUAGGAAUUGUUAUGUUUGGUCGGCAAAAAUAAAAACACUUUGAUAGACUGAGUGGUAAACAGCUAAUGUUAAGGGUUUUGGAAAGUUACCUUAGGCUAACAUACAGUAUAUGCACUAACCUGCAAUAACACACCGCUACAGUAAAGUCUUUGACAUAUCCUACAACUGGACUACUUUACAAAAAGAACAGUAAAUGUCAGAUGUUACCCUUAAGUCUCUCCUAACCAUCCAGCCACCAUCCCACCCCCAUUUAUGAAUUUGAAGUGAGACUCCCCUCCCAUCCUCGGCCAAACUACACGUCCUCGUUUGCACUUCUUUCUGAAAAGAGAGUGUUAAGCAUGUUUACUCAUCAAACCCUUCAGGCUUGGAGUUAACUGGAAAGAUGAGUCUUUUGUUGGCUUACCUAAAAUUUGACGAGUUACAAACACCACACCCAUGCGAACACUGUUGGCAGGAACUCCCACUCGAAACCUGGGAUAGAAAAUCCUCUUUAUUGCACUAAAAGUUCUGGGAGACUAAAGACUGAGCUUCACAUACAGCACCGUACACACACUGUGUAUCUCAGCAGGAAAGGGGCCAGGAGUGGAGGGCAGGUAGUAUACCUGGAACGACAGAAACUUCCAGACCCAUCCUGGUGAGUAUCUGUAAUUAUUUGUAAAGCCCUUUUUUGUAGAUAUCAGACCAUGUUAUUCCUGCUGUAGUGCAUUGCAUAGGUGGACAGAAAAGUGGUAUGUCUUUAAUGUGCAACAUGGACAAAACCAUUUAUUCCUAGUUAAAUGAAAGACUAGGCAGAAACAAUGGUUCCAAUUGGAGGCACAGCAUUAGUACAGAUAAAGGUUUUCUUAUGUACCUCAAGGACACAACUAUCAAAAUACUAGACUCAACUUUUUACCAACAUAUCUUCUUUUCAGAUUACACUCUAUACUCUAAUGGUACAAAUGUUCUUUCCAGUGUAUCAGGGAGACCACCCUCUGAUUUCCCGCCCUCCAUUGUCAGUCCACCAUGGGCCAGACCACCAGCAAACCCAAUUCUAACCUCUUCCAGAACUCCAAUUUCUUCUCCUCUUAUAAGCGUGGCUUCGCCAGCAGUCCCUCCGACGAUCAGAACAUGUCCCUUCGACCGAGCAUCUUCUCCACACUAAGGAAGCCCCCAGUCUCCAAACCCAACGAUUUCAUACCUCUAUUCAAUGACUGCAUCUCUGCCGCCUCAUCCAGAACUCAAGAAUACCUCCUCUUCAAAGACCCAGAGGACAAAUUCUACCCAAGCCCUGAGGUGCUCACUCAGGUCUUCCUGAUGACCUACAUCUCUCAGAGUGUCAGCCUCAAUAUGACAGACGCCUUCAACUGCACGGCCAUGACGCCCGGGCAGCGAAUCCUCCUGGGGGCUGAUUGGGUCUGGGCCGUGCUGGAGAAGCCCACCAAGAACCCUCGGAUCCAGAUUGCUGUGCAGGUCCUACACCUGCCCGACAGGGAGGACGCUGAGGAGAACAGCAUCCCCCCGGAGGCCUUCAGUGAGUCUGUCCAGAUUGCCCAGAAGGAGUCCAGCAACAAGACAAUGUACGAGAGGAUGGUGGACUUCUGUACAUCCAUCGGCAAGGAUUGCUACGCCCUCUUCUUGUUCUUGGGGAGGAAAAGCGACAAGGAGAAUAUCUAUGGCGUACUCAGCAACAACUUUGAGGCCGCCAUCGGGAAGUGCGACAAGAUUGACAGAGCUUUUAUUGAGAACUUCUUCAAAGGUUCAAGGUAUCUCCAUACACCUCAAGGAAUGAUGCAGGCCAUUGUCACUAAGAAAGAGGGAGACCCUCUCACUCUCAUGAUUAAAUUUAGCUAAACAGAUGGAACUCGUAAUAUAUAAUGGCUAAUAAGAUGAUACUGUAAUGCAUUUUAUGUGGUAUAAAUGUGGGAGCUAUUGAUGUAUCUCUUAAAAAAACAACCUCCAGACCUACUACGAUGUUGAGUUUGAUAAUGUGCAAGGCCUUUAAGAGACAGUACUGAUUAUUUUCAAUCUAUCCUAGUUGUUGUUGGCACUUCUUACAAGUUAUAUAGUGUUUAAGUUUACUGGAUAACUGGUAACUGGAAAGCUAGGCAGAUGCUAAUGCAGUGUGAGACACUAACACAAUAGCACUUUCAAAUGAUGAAGAUAUUAAUAACAUGGAGAGUUUUAGAAAAUAAAAUGUUUUUCUCCUUUAUGUUUUCUUAUCUAAUGUCAUAUUGUUUAAAUGAUGUUACCAUGAUACAUUAGUAUACAGUGGGGUCAAAAAAGGUACACAAUUAAAAUAUUUCUUUUUGUCAUGUAUCAAAAUUAUUAAGUGAAAUAAAUCAAACCUUUUGAUGUAUAACAUUAUUGGAUGAAUUUAAAAAAAACUUGUAAA